AUGUCUUCUGAAGAGAGCCGUCGAGUUCUAGUCAUUGGCGCUGGGGCCACCGGCUUGUUGAUUGCUCAAGGACUGAAGAAGCACGAGGCCGGCAUACCAGUCGAAGUCUUCGAGAGGCAGCCUUACGAAAAAUAUCAAGACAGAGCAGGCCUUUGGGGAAUGGCGUUGCACUGGGCUACUCACAACAUUGACGAAUGUCUGCCUGCAGACCUUGCCGCCAACCUCAAGAGCGCGCAGACAGACCCGCACGCCGACAUUCCUCACGAGGCCUCCAAGACAAUUCCGAUCCCGCAGCAAAGUGCGGGAACAGCUAUUCCUGAAAACGCAACCGACCUGACACCUGCCCCGGUGGCAGUUUUCAAUUUCGGGGCAACUUUCACCGCAGAACAGGCUUCACAUCUGCGUAGUCAGAUUCAUCCCGUUGCGACAUUGGGUCCUCACCCUGAACAAAAGACGUGUUUUUUCUUGACCAUGGGCGACGUCAAAACCCCCAAUGACCCAGCAUCAUGGGUAUUCCAGGUCUCACUUUCUUACUGGCCUGAUGACGGGAAAGAACAGCCCAAAACCCAGGAGGAACGCAUGGCGCUGUUCAAAAAGUUGGGCUCAAACUACUGCGAGCCCUUCAAGUCAGUGGCCGAAUGGGUGAAGCCAGACACACACCUUCCGAUUGACCAUUUUGGGUCAUGGACGAAAAUACAACCCUGGAACAACUUUGGAGGCCGAGUCCUCCUCGCUGGUGAUGCGGCGCACCCAAUGGUUCCUUACCGCGCACAGGGUCUGAACAACGCCCUCGAGGAUGCCGGAUCCUGCCGGUAG